AUGGAGCAGACAGAUUGUCUUCAGAAAAAAAAACUGAAACAUUUCUGUCUUUUUCUCCGUCUCAUCAGCAGGAAGAGAAAGAGAGCAGCAUCUCCAGUAUCCAACUGUGUGUCCAUGAAGAGCAACAGAUCCCUGAAUGAUCCACCCAUGUUCAGUACUGGAGCAGUGCUUUUUGACCCUCUUGGUAAAGGAGCUGUGUCCUCAACGACCGUCACAUUCCCCUACUGUCAGAUCCACACCAGUCAUCAUGAUACAGAAACAGACCUGCAGCUCAAUUCAGACCAAGCAAUGCAUGAUGAUCUACAGAAACUCAAAGACAAGCACAAAACCAGCAUGAAGAACAAGUAUGAGCGCUUAUUUGAGGGAUUCAAACUACCAGAGAAUAAAACCCUCCUGAACAGGAUUUACACACAGCUGUACAUCAUAGAGGGAGAGAGUGAAGGAGUGAAUGAAGAACAUGAGGUGCUACAGAUGGAGAAAAGUUACAGGACACUCCAAGACACUCCAAUCAACUGCAAUGACAUCUUUAAUCCUUUACCUGAACCAGGAUAUGAGGAGAUGAGAAGAGGGCAGAAAGGAACAAUAAAGACUGUUCUUACUAAAGGCAUUGCUGGAAUUGGAAAAACUGUCUCUGUGCAGAAGUUCAUUCUGGAUUGGGCCGAGGGAGCAGCAAAUCAGGAUGUAGAUUUCAUGUUUGUGCUUACAUUUCGAGAGCUGAACUUGAUUAAAGAUCAUCAGUACAGUCUUCACAGACUUCUGCUUGACUUUCAUCCUGAACUUCAGCAUCUGGACUCAAAGAUUUAUGAUGAAUGUAAAGUUGUGUUCAUCUUUGAUGGUCUUGAUGAAAGCAGAAUUUCACUGAUGUUUUCAGACAGUCAGAAAGUUUCUGAUGUGACUGAGAUUUCAUCAGUGGGUCUGUUGAUGUCAAACCUCAUGAGAGGAGAUCUGCUUCCAUCUGCUCUCAUCUGGAUCACCACCAGACCAGCAGCAGCCAAUCAGAUCCCCUCUAACUACAUCAACCGUGUGACAGAGAUUCAGGGAUUCAAUGAUCCUCAGAAGGAGGAAUAUUUCAGGAAGAGAAUCAGUGACGAGCAUCAAGCCAGCAGAAUCAUCUCACACAUCAGAAGAGCAAGAAGCCUCCACAUCAUGUGUCACAUACCCGUCUUCUGCUGGAUCUCAGCCACUGUGCUUCAGAACAUCCUGAAGCAAGAUGUCAGUGCAGAAAUCCCUCAAACUCUGACUGAAAUGUACAUCUACUUCCUGCUCAUUCAAACAAAUAUGAGGAACCAGAAGUAUAAAGAGAGAGGCCCAGAGAAACUCCUGCAGUCCAACAGAGAAGUGAUUGUGAAACUUGCUGAACUGGCUUUCAAUCAGCUGAUGAAGGGCAAUGUGAUGUUUUAUGAGGAGGACCUGAGAGAGAGCGGUAUAGACGUCACUGACGCCUCAGUGUAUUCUGGGAUUUGCACUGAGAUCUUCAGAGAGGAAUUAGUGAUUUAUCAGAGGAAGGUUUACAGCUUUGUACAUCUGAGCUUCCAGGAGUUUUUUGCAGCACUGUAUGUGUUUUACUGCUAUUUACACAAAAACAGUGAGGUUCUGAAAAUGUUCCUAACAGGAAAAUCCAGAAGUCAUUAUGAGAAAGUUUCUCUGGAUGUGUUUCUGAAAGGAGCAAUGAAUAAAGCCUUGAAGAGUAAAAAUGGACACCUGGAUCUCUUCCUUCGAUUUCUUCAUGGCGUCUCACUGGAGUCCAAUCAGAGACUCUUACAGGAUGUACUGAUACACACAGAGAACAACCCAGAGAGCAUCAAGAACAUAAUCCAAAACCUCAAACGAGGUCAAAAAAACAAUGUCAGUCCUGAAAGAUGGAUGAAUCUGUCGCAUUGCUUGAUUGAGAUGAAGAAUAAUUCUAUUGUUGAGGAAAUGCAGGUAUUUUUAACAUCUGGGAAUAAACAAAAAAGUCUUACUCUUGCACAAUGCUCAACUUUGGCAAACAUGAUCCUGAUGUCAGAGGAAGUGCUUGAAGAGUUAGACCUAAAAAAGUACAAAGUUAAGUCAUCAAAAGAGGGUAGAUGGAGACUGUUACCUGCUGUGGGGAACUGUAGAAAAGCUCUAUUGGCAAGCUGUAAUCUCUCUGAUCAGCACUGUGAAAUUGUGGCUUCAGCUCUACAAUCUUCAAAAUCCCCCCUGAGAGAGCUGGGACUGAGUAACAAUAACCUGAUGGUUUCAGGAGUGAAGCUGAUCUGUGUUGGACUGAAGAGUCCGAACUGUCAACUCAACAUACUGAGGGACUGUAAUCUCUCUGAUCAGCACUGUGAAAUUGUGGCUUCAGCUCUACAAUCUUCAAACUCCCCCCUGAGAGACCUGGACCUGAGUAACAAUAACCUGAUGGUUUCAGGAGUGAAGCUGAUCUGUGUUGGACUGAAGAGUCCGAACUGUCAACUCAACAUACUGAGUGCACCCAAAUUCAGGCUUGCAGAGGUCUACUAA